GGCUCAAGGGUCCUGGUUCCAGUCGCCAGUCUUGUACAUUGAAAAAAGAGAAAGACGGCCACCUCUCCUUGCCGGGGGCUGUUUUUUUGUCACCAUGACCAGCAACCUGCUGGCGGCGCUGAAGAGUAACCAGGGCAAGACCAGCACCACUGCCGUGUAUCCUUUGAUCGAGGCAGCCAAGAGCGGCCAGGUGGAGGGAUGCAGCAAGGCCCUGGAGGACAAGAAGGUGAAGGUGGACCAGAAGGAUCCGGAAGGCGUCAACGCGCUGAUGCACGCAGCCUCAGGUGGCUACAUACAGGUGGUGCAGUUCCUGGUAGAGAAGGGAGCAAGGAUUUCUGCAAAAGAUGACAUGGGCGAAACUGCUCUAAUGAAAGCAUGUAAAGAAGGGCACACGGACAUCAUCAAGUUCCUAGUGGAGGCCCAGGCCGCGCAGAGGAAGAAGGGCCCUUCCCUGACUGGGGGCAAGGACGAGGCGCAGGCCUCCCUCAUGCGCGAGAAGAAGCGGAUUUUGGACAUGAAAGACGAUGAGGGCGUGACGGCCAUCAUGAAGGCCGCGGAGCAGGGCGAGGGUGACGUGGUCCAGAUUUUGGCGGACGACGGCGCCUCGCUGGAUUUGAAGGACGACGAGGGCUGGGACACGCUGAUGUGGGCCUCGCUGAGCGGGCACUUCGAGAUCUGCGAGCUCCUGGUGAGCACCUUCGGCAUGACUGCGGACUACGCCACCGAGAAGGGGGAGACCGCCCUCAUGAAGGCCGCAGCCAACGGGCAUUGGGACGUUUGCGAGUUUUUGAUCACAGAAGGCGCAAAGGUGAACCAGCUGGACCAGCACCACCAGACCGCCCUGAUGUGGGCGGCCUCGGAGGGUCACCUGGCGACCGUGCAGGGCCUCGUGAAGAAGGACGCCAAGGUGGACCAAGUCACGAAGCAGGGGAAGACGGCCCUGCUGCUGGCGGCGCAGUUCGGGCGGGAGGAGAUCUGCAAGUUCUUGGUGGCCAAGGGCGCCAAGGUGGAGCACCAGGACGAGGAUGGGCAGACCUGCCUCUUCAGCGCGGUGCAGGCUGGGAACCCCAGCCUGGUGAAGAGCCUCAUCGAGCUGAAGUGCCCCACCGAGGCCAAGACCAGCCGCGGCGAGACGGCGCUGAUCUGGGCGGCCAUGAACCAGCAGCUGCUCUGUGUGCAGGCGCUGCUGGCGCACGGCGCCAACGUGCACACCACCGACGAGAACGGGCAGACGGCCCAGGACCAUGCCGAAGGCACCCUGAACAGCCACGUCGUGGAGGUGCUGCGCGAGGCUGCCAAAAGUCAGUCCAAGAAAGACGACGAGUGAGGCUUGAGCCAAAGCCGUUCCGAGCAAUCCUUUCGCUGUGCAUGAUCUCACCCUGGGACACUGUGACUGUGCUGAUCUCG